CCCGCCAGUACACGUUGUUCCUGUUGCCGGUGUGUUGGGUGCGUCUCGCCGACAUCUCAUCGCGUUCGACCGCAUCGAUCGAUUAUUAAAUAAUAUUCUACGAAUACAUUAUAUAUUUAUAUAUAAACAGAUAUUUAUACUUACCCACUAUUUGAAAAAAAUUUCAAAAAAAAAAAUAUGCUCUCGCCGCCUCAGCCGUACCAGUCCGUUCGUCCGACGCCCUCGAUUUCGGAUUAAAUAGAGAAAAAAAAUAUUUGUAUAAUAUACAUUGUUUUUAAUUGUUUUUUUUAUUUAUUUUUAUAUUUUUAAACGGUCGGUAUUUUUUUUUUACCCAUUUCGUACCCGAAAACAUAUUAUUAUCGGUCAACAUGUAUCCGAUAACUACCGGACCCCUGCUGCUGCUGCUGCUCUCUUUGCUGUCGGUUCGGUCCCUGGAAUCGCCCAACGACCCUAAAGUGCAAUAUAAAAUAAACUGCGACGAUGACGUCAUGACCAUCGAUAUCAAAAGAACAGACAACAUCAAAAGCGUUUACCUGAGUCAGUUGCAGUUCUAUCCGGCUCCAGCAUGCAAACCUACUUUCGACAAAGAUCUCAUCUCUUUCAAGCUUUCGCUCAAGGACGUUUACCAGUGCGGCGUAACUAAAGUUACCAACAAAGCAACCGGUGCCGUCACGUAUUACCAUCAAGUGGUCAUUGAAAAAGACGGCGGAUCUUACAAGUCGUUUUUGGACUUCAAAUGCUGGUUUGGCGGCAAAAACGGUAAUCACACGGUUGCCAAGAGGAAUGUGCUUCCGGCCGGUUUCCAGGAACCAGAAGACCUGGAGAUCACCACGUUGACCAAGAACGCCCCCGUGCCCAUGUUAAAGGUCGGCGUGCGACAAGGCGGAAGCGUCGUGGACGGAGAGCUGAACGUCAACCCGGGCACGCCUUUGCAGAUGGAAAUUUUCUUGGACAAGGAAAGCGCACCCAUUUACGGGCUGUUGGUUAGCUACAUGCAAGUGACCGACACCAAAGCUCAGGAGGAGACCAUCAUAUUCAACGGCUGUUCAGUCGAUCCGUACUUGUUCGAGAACUUCAACACAGUCGACGGCGAUUUCCUGACCGCCAAAUUCAGGGCGUUCAAAUUCCCAGAGUCCACUUACGUGCAGUUCAAAGGCACCGUCAACGUCUGUUUGGACAAAUGCAGAGGGGUGGACUGUAGCAACGGUAAAAUCGGUUAUGGCAGGAAGAGGCGUGAAAUAAGCAGUAUCCCACCGGAUCCCAACAAGGUGUUUGAAGUCUCCAUGACCACGUUCAUCAAAGUCGAAUACAAAAACGAAAUUGGCCACGAAAAAGUGAAAUUAGAAGUCGAACAAAACCAGACCAACUCCAACAACUUGGACAUAAGACCCAAAGACGGAAUUCGCGGUGCCGACGGUAAUGACCACAUGCGAAUGGACACCGAAGAGAUCCGGGAAGAGCUUAAGUACACUGUUUUGGAUAACCCGACCUCGAGUCAGGCGACCAUCGUGCCUUGUACGACGGCUGUAGUGAUCACCACAGUGGCCGCGUUGUUGCUGACAAAAGUAUUUUCAUAAAACGCACAGUUAAUGAUAAUGGCCAUCAUUAUUUAGAGUGUAUUAUUUUUUUUCUCUAGAUCUAACCAUUCUAACCUUAUUAACUUUCCUGUUUUAUAAUAAAAAAAAACACCAACAACAUUACAACUGUAUUCCGCUAAAAGGCAUGCGUCCAUAAAGGCCAAUGCCUAUGUAUUUUAUAAUAUCAAAUAAACAAUAUACAUUAUACUAUCUGUCUCCUACGACAAUAGGUUUUUCUUAUAACGCUCGAGUAUUUUACACAACCUUUGAAGGGCCAGUCACAGUCGAUAAUCGAUAUAAGUACAAUAUUAACAAUAGGGGCGUAGGAAGUUGGCAAACAACAGUUUUUAUUUUUAGUGGGCUGUUACUAGUGCUAAUUAUAUAGCAACGCAAGAUGAAUAAUUAAUAACGCGUUCUUGUGACAUAUUUCAAUGAAACUAUUAUUAAUACACAAAAGUACAUAUAAAUGAUAACUUUUAUUUAUUCCAACUACCUACCAUAUUAAUUGAAUGCCAGAAUAAUUUCUUUCUCCAAUGUGUAAUGUACAAACUACCUACAUUUUUUGUCAGGUGAGUGAGUUUUUUCACAUAAGUGAAACUAAAUAAUAAAUGUAUUUAUACAUAUAUUUAAAAUUACUCGAAUAUAGAAUUAUAUGUCGAAAAUCAAUAGGUAUCUCUGAUCAUUACACACUUAAUACUAGACAAAUUUAAUCAUAUAAAAUUUAGUCGAAACUGUCGUAUAAACAAUCCAGUAUUUUAUUUUUUAUUACGAUAUAGUAUUAUGGAAUGAAUGAUUGUAUACUAACUGUUAUGUUACAAUACAUAAUAGGUAAGUAAUUUGGUUCAAGUUUGGACACGUUGCUAACUUACAUUUUUGAUUGCUCACGUUUAUAUUUUACAUUUAAGUGUUUUUUCUUGUGUGCAUAGAAUAAAUCUUGUUAGAUAACGUCUCAACAAACGGUAUUGGUACUAAUAAUUGUGUUUCCUUUUUUUAAUACUGUAACAAUUAAUUUUUGUAUGGUUUAUAUUAUAGCCGAGUAAUAUUAAUUUUAUAUGCAUAUAAUUUAUUUUAAUUUUUCUAAAACAAUUUAUUUUUUUAGUGCAAUAUGAACUGAACUUGUAUUUUUUUUCACCUUUUUAAUAACUGUGAUAAUUGUAGUCUUAAUGUUUAUAUUUAUAUUAUACUAUAAUAAAACAUAACUACAAUAGAUGAA